AUGCAAUCCAAAGAACUUGAAGAACAAGCUUGGAAAUUGAUUGAGACCCGUCAUGCACAAUACAAUGGAGAUGUUGAGUUGGUUGAGAUCCGCGAAGAAGGUGAAGAGAUUAAAGAAUAUUUGGAUUCAUUAAAAAAGAAUUAUAUCCAACAGUAG